AUGGUGCAUAGGGGUGGCGCUUUAUCGUUUCUUUACAGCUUGAAAUCAUUACCAGCAAAUCAUCCAGUAUUAGCAGCUAGAUAUAAUCAUAUUGCAGCAGUUUACGCUGAGAAAGGUGCACACGAUAAAGCAUUAGAGAACUAUGAAAAGGCACUUGAAAUCCGCUUGACAUCAAUACCAUCAAAUCAUCCAACAUUAGCAACUACAUAUAGUGAGAUUGGAGCAGCUUGCGCUAAGAAAGGUGCGUACGAUGACGCAUUAGACAAUUAUGAAAAGGCACUUGAAAUCAGCUUGACAUCAUUACCGUCAAAUAUUCCCGCGUUACCAACUUCAUACACUACAGCCCUUGAAAUCAGCUUGAAAUCGUUAGCAUCCAAUCAUCCAUUAUUGGCAGCUAUACAUAAUCAUAUUGGAUCCGUUUACGCUGGGAAACACCGAUACCAUAAAGCAUUAGAAAAUUAUGGAAAAACAUCAAGUUAUGAUAGUAUGGCACUUGUAGAUUAUGUACAAGGUGAUCAUGUGAAGGCAUUAAUCUCACAUGAAAAGGCUCGUGGAAUGUUUUUUCUGGGAUAA